AUGAAAGUCACCGUGUGCUUCGGCCGGACCCGGGUGGUCGUGCCCUGCGGGGACGGGAACAUGAAAGUUUCCAGCCUGGUCGAGCAAGCGGUGACCAGGUACCGGAAGGCCAUCGCCAAGGACACAAACUAUUGGAUACAAGUGCAUCGUCUGGAACAUAGUGAUGGGGGAAUCCUUGACCGUGACGAUAUUCUUUGUGAUGUAGCUGAUGAUAAAGAUAGACUCGUAGCUGUAUUUGAUGAGCAAGACCCACACCAUGGAGGAGAUGGUACUAGUGCCAGCUCUACUGGCACCCAGAGCCCUGAAAUCUUUGGCAGUGAGCUGGGCACCAAUGCCGGGUCAGCCUUCCAGCCUUACCAAGCGACGAGUGAAAUUGAGGUCACACCUUCAGUCCUUCGCACAAAUAUGCCUCUUCACGUCCGGCGCAGCAGCGACCCUGCAUUAGUUGGUCUCUCAACAUCCGUCAGUGAGAACAAUUUUGUUUCAGAAGAGCCUUCACGAAAAAACCCCACAAGAUGGUCUACGACAGCAGGCUUCCUCAAGCAGAAUGCUCCUGGGGGUCCCAGAAGUCACGAAAGAAAGAAAGAUGAAAAUUAUAGAAGCCUCCCUCGGGACACCAGCAGCUGGUCAUCUAACCAGUUUCAGAGGGACAAUGCUCGCUCAUCACUAAGUGCCACACAUCCCAUGGUAGAUAAAUGGCUGGAGAGGCAAGAACAGGAAGAAGAUGGGACAGAAGAGGAAAGCAGCAGAGUUGAACCAGUAGGACAUGCCGAUACCGGUGUGGAGACCAGUAUUAACUAUUCUUUAGAUGAUAUGGUAAAGCUCGUUGAAGUCUCCAAUGACGGUGGGCCUUUGGGAAUCCAUGUAGUGCCUUUCAGUGCCCGAGGCGGAAGGACAUUGGGACUAUUAGUAAAGCGAUUAGAGAAAGGUGGAAAAGCAGAGCAAGAAAACCUCUUUCAUGAAAAUGACUGUAUUGUCAGAAUUAAUGAUGGAGACCUCCGCAAUAGAAGAUUUGAGCAAGCACAGCAUAUGUUCCGUCAAGCCAUGCGUACACCCAUUAUUUGGUUCCAUGUAGUUCCAGCAGCGAAGAAAGAACAGUAUGAACAGUUAUCACAAAGUGAGAAGAAUGCGUACUACUCCAGUCGGUUCAGUCCAGAUUCCCAGUAUAUUGACAAUAAGAGUGUUAACCACUCUGGACUUCACACGUUGCAAAGAAUACCCCGAAUGAGCAAUCAAGGAGAUCAGACGGACUCUUACUCACAACUACCUCAUAGUGUGAAUUCAUCAGGAAAACCACCCUUGGGCCUGUCUCCAUCACCACAAAAAGUUCUCACAUCCACUUCAAACAGUGGCUACAACACUAAAAGGAUAGGGAAGAGGCUUAAUAUACAGCUGAGGAAAGGCACAGAAGGCCUAGGAUUCAGCAUCACUUCCAGAGAUGUUCCUAUUGGCGGCUCUGCUCCGAUUUACGUGAAAAACAUCCUUCCAAGAGGUGCAGCUAUUCAAGAUGGGAGAUUGAAGGCUGGUGACCGGCUCAUUGAGGUAAAUGGAGUGGAUUUAACUGGAAAGACCCAAGAGGAAGUUGUCUCCCUGCUGAGAAGUACCAAGAUGGGAGGGACAGUAAGCCUUCUCAUCUUCCGUCAAGAAGAAGCAUUCCAUCCAAGGGAACUGAAUACUGAACAAAGCCAGUCACAAAUGCCCAAGGAAACG